AUGGCGAUUCACACGACAUUAACCUUAGCCAUUAUUGCUUUAGUUUCAUCAUUUGCUAAUGCCUAUGAUCCAAGCCCUCUUCAAGACUUUUGUGUCGCGGCAAAUGACCCCAAAGCCACUAUUUUUGUGAAUGGAAGGGCAUGCAAAGACCCGAAGCUUGUAACAGCAGACGAUUUCUUCACCUCGGGUCUUAAUACUUCUAAGUUACCCGCAUUCACGGGUUCAACAUACAGUGCGGCUAGCAUUAACGAAAUACCUGGACUUAACACUCUCGGCCUCACUUUGAUCCGCAAUGAUUUUGCACCAAAUAGCGUCACUCCGCCCCACAUUCACCCUCGAGCAACUGAACUUGUCCUCAUCUUAGAAGGAACGGUUUACUUUGGGUUUGUGACCGCUGAUCCAAGUGACAGAACCAAAAAUCGUGUUUAUGCAAAAACAUAUAGUGCUGGAGAUGUUUUCGUCACCCCACAAGGUCUCAUUCACUUUGGGGCUAACAUUGGAGCUGGAAAGGUAAGUACUAUUGCGGUUUUUAAUAGUCAAGAUCCUGGGUUUAAUUUUAUACCCGAUCAGCUCUUUGGAUCAAAUCCACCAAUCUUAGAUGAUGUAUUGUCCAAGGCUUUUAGAGUGGAUAAGAAAGUGAUAGAUCAAAUUAGAGCAGAAUUCUCUUAG